UAGUACGCUGCAGGUCUACAAAUCGAUUCUGGCUCCUCUUGUUGAAGAAAUGCUUCAAGGAUACAAUUGCACAAUUUUUGCAUAUGGACGGUCCGGUAGUGGGAAAACCUACACAAUGACGGGAGAACGAUCACAUACACUUCGAUUUGGUUGGGAACUGUAUCCUGUCAUUGGCCUUGUUCCUCGAGCUCUUAGUCACAUUUUUAAUUAUCUAGAAUCAAUUCCUAAUGGUGACCCUUCUGUUCGAGUAUCCUUCUUAGAGAAGGAAAUGGUGCGGAGCUACAAUGAGGAGCUUGAGCGUCUUCGACGGGAUUUAGAUGCUACCAUAACAAAAACUGGUAUCUUUAUCGACGAACUAAAUUUUAAUUUGAUGCAAAAUCAGCUCACGCAUCAGCGAUUUGGAGAUGCGACGCAAGGUUUUAGAGGAGGAUUUGGCUCUGAUAAAUCAGUUGUACUCAGACUCUCAGAUAGAAACUGA